AGACAAAGUGCGCUGGUCGAAUGGCGAAGUGGAACCGAAGCGGGGGAGUGAAACCGAGUAGUAGGAAAGGUUUGGGGGGAAGAAGGGAAGAAGGUCACGACGCGGUAUUAAUACCCUGGACCAGGAAGCAACAAAAAUGAUGGAUCAAGUCGCACAGAUUGGGAUGAAAACGACGCAGAUGCAUACAGGCAUGGCCCAGUGUGAUUUCUUCCUCAUUCAGCAUGGGGUGGAAUUGAAUGAUAUGACAUCAAAUGCAGUCCAUCCUCAGGGCGUGAGAGGUGGAGAGGCGUGUAGUUCUUUGGGACGGAUCAGGAACCUCGUCGGGGACAGCACUAGAGAUAGGCUUUCAGAUACUCGAGGUCCAACAGAGAAACUCAAAGCAGAGAGGCCAAACGACAGUCACGAAGCUGAAGAUGGCGAGGAUGAUUGGAGAGCGCGAGAACAAAGAGACGUGACGGUUUGUCUGGUUUGUCUGAUGACUCAGACGGCGAUCGCUCAGCUUAUCUGGACCAAACUACAGAGUACAGAGGAUGAAGUCAGGACAACAGACAACAAGACCGGACUCAUUCCAGUUGCAACAGUCAGUCAACUACAGAACGGAGUCAUUUCCCCCGGCUAUAACUAACCGACGUGGCUUUUCCAGCCCCAUACCUCCCCAUCGCGACUGGUCGCAUCCCGAUAUCCACUAUCAAUUGAACCGACACUCCAACCAUUACAGAAGACAAAGGGAAGAAGAAAACAGAGGAACAUAAACACCAAUUCUAAUCAAUCAACACAAUGAUCUCCGACGAUGAUCUCCACCGCCUCGCCAUCUUCCUCGGCUCCUGCGCCAUGAUCUUGAUCAUCCUCUACCACUUCCUCGAAGUCAAUGCCAAAGA